AUGUCUGGAUGGGUGAUCGCUGUGAUGGAUGCACUCAACUAUACGGGUGCAGUGACUUUCGCACCUGAAAAGGAUAUCCCAAAUCUGACCGGGAAGGUCAUCUUGAUCACGGGCGGAAAUGCAGGUUUGGGGAAAGAAACAGUCCUCCAGCUGUCCAAGCACAAUCCGAAGAAGAUCUUCCUCGGCGCGCGUUCAAAAGCAAAGGCAGAGGAAGCCAUCAAGUCGAUAAAAUCAGCCGUUCCAAAUAAUGUUGAGAUUAGCUGGGUACUGCUGGACUUGAUGUCGGGUAAAUCAGUCAAGAAUGCAGCAGAGCAAGUAAAUGCCCAGUCAUCUCGUCUCGACAUCCUCAUCCUCAAUGCUGGUGUGAUGGCUCUACCACCCGGUACGACUGAAUUAGGGCAUGAGAUCCAGCUUGGCACAAAUCAUACCGGGCACUUCUAUCUCACAAAGCUUCUGCUGCCAAUACUUCUUAAGACAGCGGAUGAACCUGACUCAGAUGUCCGCGUCGUGUCGCUCGCUUCUGUGGGGCAUAAUUUCUCCCCACCAUUUGAGAAUAUAUUGGAUCAAGAGAAGCUCAAGAAGGCCAACACAAUUGCUCGGUACGGAGUGUCGAAGGCUGCCAAUAUUCUCUUUGCCGCAGAACUCAGCAGGCGCUACCCGUCAAUCACGUCGGUGGCGGUCCAUCCAGGUAUUAUCUUGACCAAUUUGUAUGAUGCCGUGAGUUCGCAUUCACCGUUGGCUGCUUUGGGCUCUAAAUUUUUGCGUUUGUCUGGCUCAACAGUGCGCCAGGGUGCAUUUAACUCGUUGUGGGCUGCUGCUGGCGCACGGAAGGAGGAACUCUACAACGGAGGAUACUAUGUCCCUGUUGGAAUUUUGAAACGUCGAAACAAAUGGGCAUGCAACAAGGAUAUGGCGAAGCGCUUGUGGGAGUGGACUGAGUUGGAACUUAUCAAGGCCCAUCUCUGA